AUGUAUUCUUCAAUGUUUAUUUACUUUAUUUCAUUGAUAUCAGUAAUUAUUUGUACAGAAUCUCGUAGAGAUGUGAUGACAUUAGCAACAUGGAAUAUUGGUUUAGAAGAACAACUAGCAUUUGAACGAACACCAUCGAUUAUCAAAGCUAUUCGUGAGAAAAAUGUUGAUAUUCUUUGUUUACAAGAAGUAUGGGGCGGUCCACAAAUUUUACGUCAAAUUUAUCAAUCACUCAAAGAUAUUUAUCCUCAUUUCGAAGUUGUAAAUGAUGGUAUGCGUAAUUAUAUUAGUAGUUAUGGACUACCAACACAAACAUACAGUCCUGCUUGUCCAGCUUCGAACAUAAAAAAUGUACAAAUUUGUAUUUUUACAUAUUGUUCUAAUCUUAGUGAUUCAGUACUACUUGUAUGUGCCAUCUAUAAAUGUCCAACACAAUUUCUAGCUCUUUAUUUAAAUUCAAAAUGUUGGGCAUGCAUUUUUGAUCGAUAUAUUAGUCGUGGUGAUCCAUUAGGUUUGAAUUAUUGUGGUGCAGUUAAUUUACCUCAAUUGAUUAGUACUUCACCAGGUAUUAUUCCUAAUUCUACUGAAGCUCCUUGGGAUCAUACAAUUGGUCUUAUGAUAUUAGCAAAAAGACAAUAUCCAUUAAAGAAACUAGCCGCUGGUUUAUAUUCAGAAUUUUAUAUUGCACCUCGUGGUUAUAUUAUUGUUAGUCAAGAAAACAACCAAUUAAUUAUUUCCAAUAUACAUUUAGCUACAGUUGAAACACCUUUUCCUCAUGCACCUAAAGGAACAUUUAUUAAUAAUCAAUAUGAUAGUUGGAAUGAUGAAAAUAAAGGUCAAACAAUAGAACUUGAAUCUCUUGUUUGGAAUUUCUUACGUAAUAAUAAACGAAAAUAUAAAAAUGCUAUUAUGGCAGGUGAUUAUAAUAAUGGUGUUGAUAAUUUUGAACAUGAUGUAUUAGCAAUUCAAGCUGAUAGUUGGAAUUAUAUACAUCAAUUAAAAGAUACUGAUGGAUCAACAAGAUGGUAUGAUGAUUAUACAGAGAGGCAUAGUCUUUGUACACGAUGUAUAGAUAAUCUUGUUGUUCACUUUUCUAUUAACUAUAUUUAUGAUCAUAUUUUUACACAUGGAAAUAUGUUUGAUCGAUCGGAAUUGUUUACACGACGUAUAUUCGAUGAUCGGAUAGAAAUCAAUUCUACAAAUGGAACAGUUAUAACAAGUCUUUCGGAUCAUCAUGGUGUUGAACUCAUUACUGUUUGUCAAAAAAAGUUUUAA